UUUUUGCCCCUUUAUUUUUCUCUAAUUUACAAUCCCUACCCUUUCUUUAUCUGUCUAUCUAUCUGAUUCACCUGAACAACGAAUUACUAAUUUAAUUUGACAAAUUUUAUCUGAAUUUGUUGUAUCAUUUGGAUUCUUUUAGGGUUUCUUUUUUUUUUUUUUAAUUUAUUUCUCUCUUUCUGAUUACAAUCAUAUCAUCCUCAUGGACUCGGAAGAUGACUUUGAUAUGCAAGACGCCGCUGCUGAAUCUGCCGACGACGACUUCUACAGCGGCGGUGAUGAUGCUUUUGACAGCGAUGAUGCCGAUGUUGCUGAUUAUGAGUUCAUCGAUAACGAUUCCGAUGAUUCCGAUGACCUCAUCUCUCAUCGCCAUCAGCAAAGCUAUACGAUUCUGAGUGACAUUGAUAUUCGCCAACGUCAGGAAGAUGAUGUUAUGAGGAUAGCUACUGUACUUUCCAUUUCGAAGGUUGCGGCUACCAUCUUGCUCCGCUAUUACAACUGGAGCGUCAGCAAAGUGCAUGAUGAAUGGUUUGCAGAUGAAGAUAAGGUUCGCAGGGCUGUUGGCUUAUUGGAGAAGCCAGUUGUUGAAUUUCCAGAUGGUAGAGAAAUGACUUGUGGAAUUUGUUUCGAGACCUAUCCUUCUGACAGGUUGAGGGCUGCUGCUUGUGGUCAUCCAUUUUGUAUUUCAUGCUGGCAAGGAUACAUUAGCACAGCCAUUAAUGAUGGUCCUGGAUGUUUGAUGUUGCGAUGUCCUGAUCCAUCUUGUAGUGCUGCUGUUGGCCAAGAUAUGAUUAAUGAAUUAGCUUCUGACGAAGACAAAGAAAAGUAUUUUCGUUACUUCAUUAGAUCUUAUAUUGAGGACAAUAGGAAGACCAAAUGGUGCCCUGCUCCAGGAUGUGAUUAUGCUGUGGAUUUUAUUGUUGGUAGUGGAAGCUAUGAUGUUACUUGCCGAUGCUCAUACAGCUUUUGCUGGAAUUGUACUGAGGAAGCCCACCGUCCUGUUGAUUGUGGCACUGUGUCCAAGUGGAUAUUGAAGAAUAGUGCAGAGUCUGAAAAUAUGAACUGGAUAUUGGCUAAUUCCAAACCUUGUCCAAAGUGCAAGCGGCCCAUUGAGAAAAACCAAGGCUGUAUGCAUAUUACCUGCACGCCCCCUUGUAAAUUUGAGUUUUGCUGGCUUUGCCUUGGUGCAUGGUCAGAUCAUGGAGAGAGAACUGGCGGUUUUUAUGCAUGUAAUCGAUAUGAGACAGCAAAGCAAGAGGGAGUGUAUGAUGAGGCUGAGAAGCGGAGAGAAAUGGCAAAAAACUCUCUGGAGAGAUAUACUCAUUAUUAUGAACGAUGGGCCACCAACCAAUCAUCUAGGCAAAAGGCGCUGGCUGACCUACAGCAAAUGCAAACUGUACAUCUUGAGAAGCUCAGUGACAUACAGUGUCAACCCGAGUCACAGCUGAAGUUCAUAACCGAGGCCUGGUUACAGAUAGUGGAGUGCAGGAGAGUUUUGAAAUGGACUUAUGCCUAUGGAUAUUAUUUACCUGAACACGAGCAUGCCAAGAGACAGUUUUUUGAGUAUUUGCAAGGUGAGGCUGAGUCUGGAUUGGAACGACUUCAUCAGUGUGCAGAGAAGGAGCUCCAAGUUUAUCUGACUGCAGAGGGGCCAUCAAAGGAUUUUAAUGAGUUCCGCACCAAACUUGCUGGACUGACGAGUGUGACUCGCAAUUAUUUUGAGAAUUUAGUUCGGGCUUUAGAGAAUGGUCUAUCGGAUGUGGACUCUCAUGGUGCCUGCAGCAGGACAGCUAGCUCAAAGAGCCUGGGAGGUGGGAGCAGCAGGGGGAGAGGCGGAAGAGGCAAGGGCUCAACCUCUAGGUCAAGUGGCCCUAGCAGAAACAUUGAUGAUUCAGGCCACUGGUCAUGUGAACAUUGCACCUUUGCAAAUAUCAGGACGGCCACCAUUUGUGCGAUGUGCCAGCAACGGCGAUAAAUCUCAUAUUCUGCACAGAUUGGCUCCUGGAUGGGAGUUGUCAGGUUUUGCUCUUUGGCUGUCCAGUUGCAUUGGGGAAAGACCUUUAGAGAGAGGGAAAGGAAUAAAGCUUCCUCCACUGAUCACUCAGCACUAAGAUCUAACUGCAGUAGUGGAGACUGGAAGGGAAAGUUGAGAAGAAAGAAAAAAAAAACUUGACCUCUUUGAACAUGUUUCUGGAAUCAGCUAGUUCCUGCCAUUUACGGCGAUCUUGACUUUAUGUCGGUAUAGCGAAUCAGGAUCCAUCUUAUCCAAAUGUAUUCAUCUGUAAUCUUUACAAUCAUUUAUUUUAUGUUGUCACUAAUAGAUUUAUGGGCACUCGAAGCUUUCAAGUGCUUUCUCUGUAGCAGUGGUGAACACUUUGGGGGUAUCUGCCUUCAGAAUGAAAUAAAUAUGUUGUACAACUAGAAUUUAUUUA